UAUUGGAAAAGACACGUGGACAAAGUUUUGACAAGUGUCCACAACCGAAAUGACAGCUGUUGAAAAUUUCAAUUAAACUAAAACAAAGUUAUAAUUGCUAUGCUAGUGUAAUAUUUUAAAUUAUUGACAUUCUAAAGAGAUCAUUUAAAAAUAUUGUAGAACCUAUAACAUAAGAAAACAUUGAAAAUUAGCAUUACAUUCCUAAAGCAAUAUGUCGACUGUAGAAGAAUUAAAAUCGAAAAUCAAGGAAUUGGAAUUGCAAUUAGAAGCCGAACGGCAUAAAAAUGGCCCAGGACGAAGUAAAAUAUUGCAAAUGUCAUCAGAAGUUGUAGAUUCUAAUCCUUACAGUCGUUUAAUGGCCUUGAAGCGAAUGGGUAUAGUGGAUAAUUAUGAACAAAUCAGAGGAUUUACUGUAGCAGUUGUAGGAGUAGGCGGGGUUGGGAGUGUUACUGCAGAAAUGUUAACCAGAUGCGGAAUAGGAAAGCUAGUAUUAUUUGAUUAUGAUCGUGUUGAGCUGGCAAAUAUGAAUCGUUUGUUUUUCACACCUCAACAAGCUGGUUUAAGUAAAGUAGUUGCUGCAGCACAUACUUUACAAAACAUUAAUCCAGAUGUUGAAAUUGAUACACAUAAUUAUGACAUCACCACAGUAAGCAACUUCCAACAAUUUUUAGAUGCAAUAAGCACAGGUUCUAUGUCCGGUGGUCCUGUAGACUUAGUAUUAUCAUGUGUUGAUAAUUUUGAAGCUAGAAUGGCCAUUAAUACAGCAUGUAAUGAACUAAAUAAGAAAUGGUUUGAAUCAGGAGUGGCCGAAAAUGCAGUGUCAGGGCACAUACAGUUUAUAAUACCUGGAGAAACAGCCUGUUUUGCUUGUGCACCACCACUUGUUGUUGCAGCUAAUAUUGAUGAAAAGACUUUAAAAAAAGAUGGAGUAUGUGCAGCAAGCUUACCUACUACAAUGGGUAUAGUGGCCGGCUUGCUAGUUCAGAAUGCAUUGAAAUAUUUGCUAAAUUUUGGCAGUAUUUCCUUUUAUUUGGGAUACAGUGCUUUACCUGAUUUUUUCCCCAGAAUGGCUCUUAAACCAAACCCAUCUUGUAGCGACAGCUUUUGUAUUCAACGACAGAAAGAAUUUGCUGCAAAACCUAAAUUAGAAAAAAAGGAAAUGAUUGAAGUUGAAAAACCUGUUCAUGAAGAUAACGAAUGGGGUAUUUGUGUAGUAGAAGAUAACAAUCCUCAGGAAGAUGAAUCGGCAGGCUUAAAAUUGGGUUUAGUAGAAGGUCUUAAAUUGCAAUAUACCAUGCCUUCGGUGUCAAACAACAUUUCUGAAGAAUCCCCAAGUCAAAAUGAAGAUAUAUCUUUAGAGGAACUGAUGGCACAAAUGAAAUCUAUAUAGAUGUAUUAAAACAUUGAUAUUUAAUAUAUAA